CUAACACGGCUGGAAGAGCCAACAAAGAAAAAUGUGCCUUCUUUAAGGACUCUAUACAAUAUUGUGGACAUAUUAUAGAUGCCAAUGGCUUGCACAAGUCUCCAGAGAAAAUCCAAGCAGUGUUACAAGCACCACUGCCCAAGGAUGUAACACAGCUCAGAUCAUUUUGGGAUUUAAUAAUUAUUAUAGCCGGUUUGUUCCAAAUCUUGCAACUGUGCUAUACCCAUUAAAUCAAUUGCUGCAGAAAGGUCAAAAAUGGGAGUGGACUGUACAGUGUGACAAAGCCUUCAAGGAAGCAAAGACAUUGGUCACGUCUGAUGAUGUCCUUGUGCAUUUCAAUGCUUCCUUGCCAUUAAAACUGGCAUGUGAUGCUUCCCCAUAUGGCAUUGGAGCUGUGAUAUCUCAUGUUCUCCCAGACAAAAGUGAAAGGCCGAUAGCAUUUGCUUCAAGGUCACUCACAAGUGCAGAACGCAACUAUGCACAGAUAGACAAGGAAGCACUUAGCCUUAUCUGGGGAGUGAAAAGAUUUAAUCAAUUCUUAUAUGGCCGGAAGUUUACACUCAUAACAGACCAUCAGCCAUUGGUUGCAAUACUUCACCCAAAGAAAGGAGUUUCUGCAACAGCUGCUGCGCGCAUGCAGCGCUGGGCUUUGUUUCUUGCUGGUUAUGACUAUGAUAUUGAGUUCAAGAGGACAGCUACACAAGCAAAUGCAGAUGGACUGUCACGUCUGCCACUACCAGAUCAAGACAGUUCUGAGGAAAAUUCUGAAUAUGUUAAUAUACAUCAGAUUGAUUGUCUUCCUCUAACCUGUAAAAUGAUUGAGAAUGAAACCAAAAGAGAUCCCACUCUAGCAUGUGUCUAUGAGGCAACUCUUAAAGGCUGGAAGUAUACAGACAAGGCCCCACUAAUUCCUUACUACUCACAUAGACAUGAACUGACCAUACAUGAAGGAUGUGUAAUGUGGGGAGUUCGUGUUGUUAUUCCCACAAAGUUGCAAUCAAGAGUACUAGAUGAGCUGCAUGAAGGCCAUCUAGGCAUAGUAAAAAUGAAGUCACUUGCAAGGAGUUUUGUGUGGUGGCCAGGAAUUGAUCAACAAAUAGAGCAACUAGCAAACAAGUGCAUUGGAUGUCAAGAGGUGCAGUCUAUGCCACAACCAGCUCCAGUUCAUCUGUGGGAAUGGCCCUCUGCUCCUUGGCAACGUAUACACAUUGAUUUUGCUGGACCAUUUCUGGGACUGAUGUUUUUCAUUAUUGUGGAUGCUCAUUCUAAAUGGCCAGAGGUUUUCUGCAUGAAGUCUACUAGUACAUCAUAUACUAUUGAUAUAUUGAGAACCUUGUUUGCAAGAACUGGAAUACCUGAACAUAUUGUUAGUGAUAAUGGUCCUCAAUUCAUUUCUGAAGAAUUUCAAUUGUUUAUGAAACGCAAUGGAAUUAAACAUUCUACUUCAAAUCCAUACCAUCCUGCAACAAAUGGUUUAGCUGAAAGAUUUGUACAAACUAUGAAACAGUCACUGCGGUCAAUGGCACAUGACAGUGGAUCCCUGCAGCAUAAACUGGCAAGGUUUUUGUUAUCCUAUCGGAAUUCAAUUCAUACAACUACAAGCUGUACGCCUGCAAUGUUAUUUAUGGGCCGUAAUCUUAGGUUAGACUUGCUGAAACCAGAUCUCAAUCGUCAUGUGAGAAACCACCAAUUUAAAAUCAGGGGAGGAGAGCGAAGAACCUUGCGGCAGCUUAGUGUUGGGCAAACCGUCUUGGCAAGGAACUACAGAGGGCCUAAUAAAUGGCUACGAGCAAUUGUCACUGCUCAAAGAGGUCCAUGCAGUUACACGGUAAAAGUGGCAGGCAAUCUAUAUUGGCGUCGUCAUAUUGACCAGCUACGUAAUACUGCAGUUACCACUGAGCAAAACCAGACACAAAGCCUUGUUGGAAUUCCCUAUACUAAUGGGGUACCCCUUGAGCCCCAGAUUGUGACAUCACCAGAGGUAACAACCCUUGCAAGUCCAACCGAAAUGGAGAGUACAUACUCUGAAGCAUCGGUGGUACCUGAUUGUUCCGAGCACCAGUUUCCUUCCAUAGAAGAAGGCAACAUUUCUAGGCGUUACCCACAAAGAGAGCAUCGACCUCCUGAUAGACUUAACUUAUAA